AAAUUGAUGUUUAUCAUUAUGACGUGGAUAUCAAACCAGAAAAACGUCCCCGGAGAGUGAAUAGGGAGGUUGUGGAUACUAUGGUGAGACACUUCAAGAUGCAAAUAUUUGGGGAUCGACAGCCUGGCUAUGAUGGCAAAAGAAAUAUGUAUACUGCGCAUCCUUUGCCUAUUGGAAGAGACAGGGUGGAUAUGGAGGUCACACUCCCGGGCGAAGGGAAGGACCAGACCUUUAAAGUGUCAGUUCAGUGGGUGUCUGUAGUCAGCCUUCAGAUGCUCCUGGAAGCUUUGGCAGGGCAUCUGAACGAAGUCCCAGAAGACUCUGUGCAGGCAUUAGAUGUUAUCACACGGCAUCUUCCCUCUAUGAGGUACACUCCAGUGGGGCGUUCCUUCUUCUCUCCCCCUGAAGGAUACUACCACCCGCUGGGAGGAGGCCGAGAGGUCUGGUUUGGCUUCCAUCAGUCUGUCAGACCUGCCAUGUGGAACAUGAUGCUCAAUAUAGAUGUAUCGGCAACUGCUUUCUACCGUGCUCAGCCUAUUAUUGAAUUCAUGUGCGAGGUCCUGGAUAUUCAAAACAUCAAUGAACAAACGAAACCCCUUACGGAUUCCCAGCGUGUUAAAUUUACCAAAGAAAUCAGAGGUUUAAAAGUGGAGGUUACUCACUGCGGUCAGAUGAAAAGAAAAUACAGAGUUUGCAAUGUUACUAGACGACCUGCAAGCCAUCAAACGUUCCCUCUGCAGUUGGAAAAUGGGCAAGCUAUGGAAUGUACAGUAGCUCAGUACUUUAAGCAGAAGUACAGUCUGCAACUGAAAUACCCACAUCUUCCAUGCCUCCAAGUAGGGCAAGAGCAGAAACAUACAUAUCUACCCCUUGAGGUGUGUAAUAUAGUUGCAGGACAGCGCUGUAUUAAGAAGCUGACAGACAAUCAGACAUCAACUAUGAUCAAAGCAACAGCACGAUCUGCACCUGACAGGCAGGAGGAAAUUAGCAGACUUGUCAAGAGUAACAGUAUGGUUGGCGGACCUGAUCCAUAUCUGAAGGAGUUUGGUAUUGUUGUCCAUAAUGAAAUGACAGAACUGACAGGCAGAGUAUUACCUGCACCUAUGCUGCAGUAUGGAGGUAGGAACAAGACUGUUGCUACACCAAAUCAGGGUGUCUGGGAUAUGAGAGGAAAACAGUUCUAUGCUGGCAUUGAAAUUAAAGUGUGGGCUGUCGCUUGCUUUGCACCUCAGAAACAAUGUCGGGAAGAUUUGCUGAAGAGUUUUACUGAUCAGCUGCGCAAGAUCUCUAAGGACGCGGGGAUGCCAAUCCAGGGCCAGCCAUGCUUCUGUAAAUACGCACAAGGGGCAGACAGCGUGGAGCCCAUGUUCAAACAUUUGAAAUUGACUUAUGUGGGGCUGCAGCUAAUUGUAGUCAUUCUUCCAGGAAAGACACCUGUCUAUGCUGAAGUUAAACGAGUCGGGGAUACCCUCCUGGGCAUGGCCACCCAGUGUGUUCAGGUGAAAAAUGUGGUGAAAACAUCUCCCCAAACACUGUCCAAUCUUUGUCUCAAGAUCAACGCAAAACUUGGUGGAAUAAACAAUGUCCUUGUACCACAUCAAAGGCCCUCGGUAUUCCAGCAACCCGUUAUUUUUCUGGGAGCAGAUGUCACUCACCCACCUGCUGGAGAUGGGAAGAAACCUUCCAUUGCUGCUGUAGUCGGAAGCAUGGAUGGCCACCCCAGCCGCUACUGCGCUACUGUGCGAGUGCAAACAUCCCGCCAAGAGACAUCCCAGGAACUGCUGUACAGUCAGGAAGUGAUUCAGGACCUGACCAAUAUGGUGCGAGAACUGCUGAUCCAGUUUUACAAGUCCACUCGCUUCAAGCCCACACGGAUCAUUUACUAUAGAGGAGGAGUAUCCGAAGGGCAAAUGAAACAGGUAGCUUGGCCUGAGCUUAUUGCGAUCCGGAAGGCCUGCAUCAGUUUAGAAGAAGACUACCGACCAGGAAUCACCUACAUUGUCGUGCAGAAAAGGCAUCACACGAGACUCUUUUGUGCAGACAAAACUGAACGGGUGGGGAAAAGUGGAAAUGUUCCGGCAGGUACUACCGUGGAUAGCACCAUCACCCACCCAUCUGAAUUUGACUUUUACCUCUGUAGCCAUGCAGGAAUCCAGGGAACCAGCCGUCCUUCUCACUAUCAAGUCUUGUGGGAUGACAACUGUUUCACCGCGGAUGAAUUGCAGCUACUGACAUACCAGCUGUGUCACACUUACGUGCGAUGCACGCGGUCUGUCUCAAUCCCUGCGCCUGCAUAUUACGCUCGGCUAGUGGCAUUCAGAGCAAGAUACCAUCUGGUAGACAAAGACCACGACAGUGCUGAAGGCAGCCACGUGUCAGGACAGAGCAAUGGCCGUGACCCUCAAGCACUAGCCAAGGCAGUGCAAAUCCACCACGACACCCAGCACACUAUGUAUUUUGCCUGAUAGGACUCUGCAGCCACGUGGCAGGAGUGGCCUAGUUGGUCAGGCCACCAACCAUCCGUAGUCAGGGCUCGUUUUUAACGCAGGCUGCCCUCCACCAGCAGCUUGGGACAGUUGCACUGAAUUGAUUCCUGCAGCCAACAUCUUGUGCAGGCACAAUUGAGCCAUUUUUAUUUUAUUCCCUUCCGUAAACAGAAAUUUCAUAAACGGUCUUUGCAUUGAACUGAAUUUUUACCUCAAAAUGCAAAAGGCUGAUCCUCUUAAAAAACAAUUUUUUUAAAGGACUUGGCACGAAAGGUUUUUAUUGAAAUAUUUUGCUAAUCAGUUAAUCAAUUUACGUUACCUCUUCAUCCCAUGUUAAGCUUGUCAAGAAGAUUAAUUCCUUCUGGGCUUUGAUAUAUGGCUUAGUGAGUCUCCAGAUACGGCAAAACAGGAUUCCGCUGUUUUUUCUGUCUGGGGCCAUAUAGACUUGAUCAAUGAAUUUUUGGUGUAAGACACCCUUCCACAAACAUGAAUUUUCAGAGGUAUGGCUGUUCCUUUGGUUCUGUUUUUUUA